UGUUUUCAAAAACAAGCUUUCAAAAGCUUACUUUAGCCAUGUAUGUUAUGCAUGCGGUUCUGCGAUUGGAUCGGUGUAUCAACCAAUAGCGUUACCCGAAUCCUACAGGCUGUAACCUCGAGAAUCCGAUGUCCACUGGGCGUAAAAGUGCUCGCGUUACCAGCGAGGCACUGCGUCACGAGUAAUAUACUCUGUAAAGCACUCGCGAUUUCAUAAGAUUACACAGUAGGUAGGCCGCGUUGCGGUUCCAACCAAGACUACAAUACAUAACGCUUAAAUUCAAGACCGUUUGUAAUAUAAAAGAGAGAAUCGUCCACGAGGUCCCUGUGAACGGCGCGAACGUACGGACAUUUAUCGAUGGAGACAUUGGAGUCGAGUCGCAUGUGCCGCCUUUGCGGCAAGCAAUCCGGCAUUUGCAUCAACAUAUUUGACGAGAAGGAGAAUCACGUCAGGAAGAUCAACGCAGUCCUUCCGAUUUUGGUACAUGAAAUGGACAUGCUUCCGAAACAUAUGUGUCAUCGUUGCAGUUAUAAAUUAGAGGAGUUUCAUAAAUUUUACAUUGACUGUCUUAAGACGGAUGCGGAUUUGAAGAGUCAGUUGUCUUGGAUGAGGAAAGAGGACUUUACAGAAGAUCUUGGGGUUCCUAUGGUUCACAUUGAAAAUAUUAGAAUCAAAACGGAACCUCCAGAAUAUGAUAUAUAUGAUUUGGACCCUAUCUCGGAGAACGUUAAUUAUAUUAAUUCUAUGAGCUCUGUCAGUUAUCGUGUUAAUAAUAAUAGCUGUACUGAUGAGAUGCAUGAGAGAUUAGGUUAUUCGAAUUUUGAUAGUUGUACGCGAUGCAAGUGUGAUUUUGAUCAGAAUAAUAGCACUGAUAAACUGUUAUCAAAGGAGGACUGCGGUAGAACAAAACCUGUAUAUUUACGUGAAAACUCGAGUCGUAAUAAUUGCAAUAUAUCCGACAUAAAUAUACCUGAAGAUACAAAGAUCCAAUGCGAAAUUCCAACAGAAGUACAAGGAAACAAUAACGAAUCUGAAAGUUGUGCCGAUGACAGGAGGUCCAACAGCUGCACGGGAAUGGCUACUUCAUUAAAGAAUGCCGUAGUUGUAAAUAUUGACAAGAAAUUAAGAAAUAUUUCGGCAACGUAUAAAUUGCGGCCUGGAAGGAGAUCUAUAGAUUGUGACGGUAAUAAAAAUAAAAUAAGAAUUAUAUCGACAUUGAAGGAAAAUAAAAUAAUUAGAAAUAUCAAGGACCAAGACGUGAUAACAAAUAUGAAACAGGAGCCACCUGAUCAUCUCGAGAGACGUAUUUUAAGACCGAGAAAAAAUAUAAUUGAUUAUAUGCAAACGAAGAGACGGUCAUCUAAAAGGGAAAGAGACACUCUAUCAAAUUCAACGAAUAACGAGUAUUAUUUAAAACGGCAUAAAAUUCACGAGGACACGGAAAAUACAUCAAGUGCACAAAGUAGAAUAAAUGAAUCAGUAAUGAAGAAAGAAAAAGAGGAUGACUAUGAAAAUUGUACGACCGAUAUGCAUAUUAACAAUAGAUCUUUAUUCCCGAAUAAACAAAACUGCAUAAAAAAUCUAAUGAAAUCGUUCGAUCCGACAACCAAUAAUGUUAUAGUUAAAUUGGAGCAAUGCGUGCCCGACUGUGUGAUAAUAGACGAUAAGAAAGCUAAUAAUAGUUUCGAUAUAAUUGAGCAAAGAAAGUCCUUACCGAACGUUUCAAAAAAGAAACUAAAAUCUGAGAAAAUUGCUAUAAAGCGCAUAGCAAAAAAUAAUAAACAUUUUGCACCAAAACAUUUGAGAAGUCAAGAUGCACAACUUAGAAGCGGCAAAAUAUUGAAUUAUGAGAGUAUACCUAGAUCCACCAAGAAUUCAAAAAGAAAUAUUUUCAAUACCACCAAAAAUAAUGCCGGUAUAAAAAAAAUUACCGUUUCCACAAAAUCCUUGACCAAUAUAAAAUAUUACUGCGAGAAGUGCAAUUUCAAAUUCGCGAAUAAGGAACUUUAUAAGUUGCAUGCCUGCUAUUACGAUUAAUACGAAUAUCCUUUUAAGUUUUAUAUAGGUGCUUUAGAUAAGACAUUGAUUACAUAUUUCUAUUGAAAAAAGUGGCAGAGAUGUAUAUAUUUUAUUGUUAUGCACGUAUUUUUGUGUAAACAUUUAAAUUACCUUUGUCCAGGUCUAUUUUAAACGGAAGGCAUAAAUAAUUAUACACAGUACAUACAUGCAUAUUUAUAUUGUAUGAUAAAUAUCCUUCGAAGAAGAUAUAUUUUAAGAUUAUUAAAAGAUUUUUCAGUUCGUACGAAGAAUAUAUUAUUGUGAUAUCAAUCAAUUUCGACUGCCGAAAUAUAAGAAUCAAUGCGUGCUAUUAUGUCUUCAUUGUAAAUAAUAAAUCAUGUUAAAAAUUUUCUAAACCGUGUGUCACACGUUAUAUUUUAUGUUGAUGCCAAUGUGUGCAUUAAUAACCCAGUAAAAACAAUAUUAUACGUAACAUGCGUAUUGUAAUUUCGAACUCACAUUAUAAUGUAACAGUCAUGUUAUACAUACAGAUGUUACAAAAAUGAAUGGAAUAUUACAACUAAUUUGCACCUUACAUGUAAUAUUGUCUUUGCUGGGAAGCGUCUGUAUCAUAAUCACUGACAUGAGAACGAAUAAGUUAUCAAUAAUAGCAUAAUAACCAUGUAUCGAAUUUGUAUUAUCUUGUUCCCAUAUAGUUGCUAGAUACAUUCUAUUAUAUUAGCGUAUCAAGCGAUUGUACGUAUGAAGUAAAUUAUGCUGGUUAACAUC